GUGUGAGGGGUGAGGAGUUCCUGUAGGUAAAGAGGGGCAUGUCCAUGAAUGCACUGCUAGCCAUGCGGCCAUCCAUUUCUGUCAGUCUUGAGCCUGGUCUGGACCGAGGUGUGCCCUGGGGUCGUGACCUCUACACCUUUGUGACUUCAGCAGCAGGUCAUAUGAUGAGGACCCUGCAGAAACCCCGCAAGAACCGACCAUCCAAGCGGCAGGUCAACCACCGUCGCUUCUUGCACAACAUGAUACAAAGAAAAUUUGCAGAUAUAGAAGCAGCGAACCACAGACUAGCAUCGGCUCUUUAUUUUAAGGAGGGAGACAAAACCACAUCCCCUCUUUUAUCACACGUGCCAGAGAUACCUGACGCAUCAAGUCACACAAGUCAACAAGAUCCUGAGAUCUCAACUCAACAGGAUCAUAAAGACACAGACGGCAAAUCAAAGUCAAGAAACAACAGCUCCAGUGACUUAAAUGAAACUGAGGACAGUGAGAAGCAUCUCUAUUUAAGACAUCUUUGGAAACGUCACCCCAAAUCACAGUCCUCCACUUCGACCACCUCAAUAAGCAACCAAAGCAAAAGAAGACAGAAAAAGGAGAGAAGUCACAAGCUUGAUGAAUUCUUAUUUAUGAGCUCCCCAGAAGAUAAAGACUAUAUUCACAAGGCAGAGCUCUUUCAUUCUGAAUAUUACCUUAAUGAAAGUCAACUUAAGCCAAUCAGCAACCUCUUAAAAGAAAUUCAGACACCUCUAAACAACUCUAGUCCCGUUUAUCUAGGACAAAAUGAGGACAUCCUUCCUUCCUUUUCCCCAGAGCUCUCUUCAUUGUCACUUGACUCCUGUGAUUUCUCUGUUCAAAUGCUGACGGACCUUUCAGUCUGCACACAGUCUCAGAAAGACACUGCUGAGGGUCAGCUGACUGACAUAAUGGACCUCUUCACUGCUGCCAAUAAGGACUCAGAAAGUUGCUUGGAUGUUGAAAAAGACGUAGAGUGCUACUUUGACAGUAUUGGUGCAUACCAAGGAGAUGGCGGGCUUGAGGUCAGUGCUGAUGAUGAUGUUACAUUUGCCGUCUUGUCUCACAGCUUUACUGGGGUGGAGGAUCUGCACUCUGAAGGAGAUGAAUAUAGAUGUGGAUAUGGAUAUAGUUGCUAUGGAGAUCAGGUACUUGCCACAAACUACUUACAGGGUAACCAGCGGAACUCACAGACACUAAGACAAAGUGAAUACACAGCAGAAAAGCAAUUUACUCAUGUAAAACCAACACAAAGCACAAACACAAACCAGGAUCAGCUUUUCGCCUCCAUCAGUUAUCACUGCAACAUCACACAGCUGCAGACUAACCAGCACUCUCAGGAGGAAAGCCCAUGCAUGCUGGUGAACAGUGAAAACAACUUAAAUUUUACACCAUUCGAAGGCGUGGCUCAGUCAUUCUCUGCUCCUCCUCACGACCCUGAGUACCGCCCCAUUCCAACACCACCCGGUGAGGAUGACUGGCUGUUCACUGAUAUCCUGAAGGACAGAAAAUCACCUGGGUUCUAG